CGGCGCUUAGCCGAACUUCAUAGCGUAAUCCGACACCAUCCGGCGGUUAAUUAGAGAACGCUACAGGACACUCUUUCCAUUUCUACAUAGUCAUGGCCAACCAUUGAGAAUCUAUAAGCGCUCAAAUGUCUCACGGUAUAAAAAAGCCAACUGUCAUCACACGCAAAGUAGAUGCGCGUGAAGUCCGUCGAAGUACGCGUCUCAACACUAUACUACAGCCUAUAAAACGGAGCAGAGGAAAGGAUCCGGGAACUCCUAUACCUCCUUCGGGUCAUCACUUACAGGAUCAAACCAGUCCCAAAAGUCUCGGUACAUCCCUCGGACGUCCAUUGAAGCGAAAACGAGGUGAAGAAGAACCACAUUCCUCCCCUUCAGCGCAAGAUCUGCUCUCUUCGAAGCGACCUCGAACAAUUACUCGUUACACAGCAGAGGGACGACCACAAGAAGAUGAAAAGCACAGCAGGACAGCUAUUACCGACCCACUUAAGAGCUGGGUACUAAAUAACAAGUGGCCUCGCGAAUACUUCGAACCAGACGAUCAGGCAAGAACAGAACUUUUGGAACACGACAGCUGGCUGGACGAAAUCAUGGCACAACCACCUAUUUCGGCCGUCAAAUAUGCGGAAUGCAACGGAUUCAAAUAUCCAAUACCUAUGAAAAAGGCCCCUGGAUCGCUUCGCCGGAAGCAGUCAGAUUCGAGCCUGACUUGGACUAGUGACCAGCAGACGAGAGAAAGCAAGAGUAAUGCGUAUCGAGAUUCACGUUACUCUAUGUUACUUGCUAUCAAAGGGAGCUACAUGGACAAGUCUGACUUGGGUAUUUCGAACACGAGCCUAAGCAGUUAUAAGACCCUGUUGAGCACAGACCAGACUAUUCCACCUGACUCGCUAUUUCGAGACGAUGUGUUCGAAGCAGCAUGUCGCGGUGUUCAGGACAGGAAUGAAGCUCGGAUCAUCCGCAGUAUUUCGCCAUUCAUCGUACCGUCUGCUGAAGACCUGGCGACGAUGGGUGCUACCAAGUUAAAAUGCUUGAUCGAGAAUGUUAACGAAGGGUGGACGGGAAGCAUCCCAGUUGAGGGACCACGACCGCAGCCGGAUUAUUCUGUGGGAUUCCGGCGUUCAGCCUUUACAGACGAGCAAUUACAUAGGCUAGAUCCGCUGGUAGGUAGUGUCUUCGAUACAUCGUUCUUUGUCGCAACGUACCAGAUGUAUUUCCCAUUUCUUACCUGCGAAGUUAAGCGUGGUACGGUAGCUCUUGAUGUUGCGGACCGACAGAAUGCUCAUAGCAUGACGAUUGCUGUGAGGGGUGUUAUUGAGCUCUACAGAGCUGUAAAACGCGAGAAGGAAUUAAAUCAAGAGAUUCUUGCGUUUUCGAUAUCGCACGACCACCGAACGGUCCGUAUCUACGGCCAUUACGCUAUCAUUAAUGAUGAAAAGACUACUUUCUAUCGCCAUCCGAUUAAAACGAUUGACAUUACCAACGAAGAAGGCAAAGACAAGUGGUCGGCCUAUAAAUUCACCAAGAGUGUCUACGACAUCUGGAUGCCAGCUCACCUUGAACGAAUCUGUUCAGCCAUUGACCAGCUACCACCUGGUCUUGACUUUCAGACUUUAGAAAGAGGGUCUAGAGAAGAGUCUGAGAAGGCGACUGGGUCAUUACAGGAUAUAAAUAGCCAACCUUCCGAGCCAUAUAGCACUGCUUCACAAGCAGGCCAGGAAGACACCGAGCUCAUUCCAAUUAUCCCGCAAAGUACAGCUCUAGACACCUCAGCCGCCAAGGGAGGGAAGCAAGGAGCGGCCAAAAGGGCAAAGAGAAAUCCUACUAGGAAAUAGCAAGUGGGCUGUUGAAUGGGAUAUAGAUAGUUAGUUCCUUGCAGAGAAGAUCUCGACAAGUAAUGCGCAUUUCUUACCCAAUAACACAAAGGGGGACGGGUCCUAUGCUAUUUGUACGCUCCUGCAACCAUCGCUCCUCAGUUCACGGUCCCAGUGCCGACUAGACGGAUUUUUAUCACGGACCGCGGGCAAGCCUGCUUCGCUGUUGUAUUCUGCACGCAACUACUCUGCGAUGUCCUCUGUCAUCGUUACUGCACGCGACCUGAAGGAGUAAUGUUGUAUAGAUACCUUCCGGGCAGAACUGUCCACCUCCGAAGCCCUAGUCAACUCUCCUAUUCGUGACAUAGGAUUAGCAACCAGCCGUUCCAAGGAUAG